UUAAAAAAUGAGGCUUCAAAUUAUCGAGGAGCAAUGAGACGAAGGUUUAAACCAAAAACUGGAUUUCCACUUACCAAGACUACCGGAGACAUCGCUCGAAAUCGUCGAUUCCAGAAGCCGUCUGAGAUUAGUAAGGCUAAGAGAGUGAGAUUCGACGAUGCUGAAACGGAUGCUUCUUCUGGAGGGCAUGAAGCUGCUCAGUCUCCGAAAUGUGGUGGUCCCAAAACUUCAGAAUAUGCAUAUUUUAGGAAAGUGAAGGAAGGUGCUGUUAAUGGUCAUUUCCAUGCACUGCAUAAAGAAAAUGAACGGUUGAAGAGCUACAAAAUCUGCGACCUUCCUAGAGUGACUAAUAAAGAAUCUGAAGAGCUUGAUCCUGACAUUAAAGACCACAAUUUGUCCAUUUCUGGAGAAAGUGCAGGGCCAUCUGGCCAUAAGCCUUUUGUUUCAUCUCCUGUCAGUAGAUAUUGUGAAUCUAAUGAGAUCAAAAGUAAAGAGCUGACUCAGAAGACCAAACAGAGGUCAUCAUUGCUUACUGAGACUGCUACACCUGUCAAACAAUUUCUGAUCUCGUCACGGUUGAAUCAAGCAACAGAGAAGUCAGAGGAUGAAUGCAAUGAGAAAGGAAUAUUUUAUGAAAAGAGAAAGAAAUUACGCCAGUGGGUUGCUCAUGCUACAUCUUCUGAAGUUGGGAAGCUCCAUGGAAAGCGGUCUGAUUUGGUUUCCUCCCUCCUGUCCCGGCUGAUCCCUAAGGGGAAUGAGAACAGUGUUUCAUCAAAAGAAAAUGCUGAUAUUACUAGUGAAUCCCUCACAAUUUAUGAGCCUGAUAAUAUGGUGAAGGGACUUCCUUUGUCCCACAAAAGCGACUGCCAUAAGGAACUCCCCAAAGUUUCUUCUGAAAGAUCAAGUGAGAUUGUACUCAGAGAAUGGGAUAGAUUUGACAAUGGAACUUCCAAUUGUAGUGAAGAGGGUGAUCUUCAAUUAACCAUGGAUCACUGUCGAAGAUCAAGUGAGAUUGUACUCAGAGAAUGGGAUAGCUUUGACUCUGGAUUUCCUUCCAAUGAUGGCAAAGAGGGUGAUCAUCAGAAAACAAUGGAUCGUUGUGGAAGAUCAAGAGAGAUUGUACUCAGGGAAUUGGAUAGCUUUGACCCUGAGUUUCCUUCCAAUUAUUACAAAGAGAGUGAUCUUCAAAACAAAACCAUUGAUCCUGAUCAACAUUCAAGCAGUCGCAUAUGCAACAGUUAUGACACAUGGCGCGGCUAUUCUUUCUGCUUACCUCUUGAAAGCUUUACAUCAUUGGGUGCCUUUCAUUUCAAAGCUCCUGAUGAAAGUGGUCCUAUAGUUGGACAUGGAAGAGAGGAACAUUAUAGAAACUCACUGGAAUGGGAUUUUGGAUUGGAAAAAGGUAGAUUUGACCAUGGUACCAGGCAGGAUGUGUGCCACAGGCUAGCCAAUGAUUGGAGACAGCAGGGGAUAGUGGAUAAUGUGCUCGACACCAAAGGAAUUUGCCCCUCCCCCUUAUUUUCAAGCGGUUGUUUAAUCAAACCAUUGCCAAAUUAUGUUUCAACUGGCUGUUUAAUGCGAGAGGUCCAACCAAUAUUCGAUGAUGUGAAGUAUGGAAUGGUAAAACCAGGGCAUUUUUCUCUAUCUUUUCCCAACAGUCCAAAACGCAUCAUAUCGGGGGAGGAUAAAAAUGCAGAUAAUGAUCUUCCUUACUGCAACAUUCUAUCGUCUUACAGAGACCCAAGAUUGCCUAAGAAGGUUUGGGAUUGCAGGCCUCACAGCGACAAUUGGUGGAAGUACUCGUCAGCUCCAGAUUUCUCCACAGAAGACCUUCCACAAUGCAUUCCUGCUUGGCAGUUUCCACAAAAUGAGAAUGAUUCGUAUUCCCUUUCUUUGCUCAAGGAAGCCCCUGCAGAAUCAUUUACCUCUUUCUCUGAAGGUGCAUUCGACCACUGUCCCUUUUCCUCUACUCUUCACUCACCUCUUGAUACAUUCAUGAACUGCCCUUUGUUGCUCAAUCAUGCUAGCCAAGAUAUCCAUGAUCAAGAACUAUGUUGUGAUGAUUAUAGCAAUGAAUUGGAAUACUCUAGAUAUAUGUAGGCUAAGAAUUGUUUGUAAAUGCAAACACAUCUAAUACUUCAUAUGCUUAACCAUAUGUUAAUCAAUAUGAUCUACUCCUAUUACACAAGGUAAGCACCUCUGGGAUGUCACUGAAGUUGUAGAGGGAUUUUUAUAUAGUGAGUGAGUUAAGCCCAAUAUGUUUUUGAAGCAGUUUAUACAAAAGCCCAUUCGUCAUGCUGAUAAUUAUUAAAAGAAAAUUAUAUAA